GAGGCGACAGUGAAGGAGCAGCUAGACUGUGGGGUCAGAUAUCUUGACCUGAGGAUCGCACAUCGACCCAACGACACCUCUACUGACCUGUACUUCUACCAUGGAGUAUACACUACACUCACUGUAGAGACCGUUCUUCAGGAGAUCAGAACCUGGCUAGAUGUCCAUUCUAGAGAGGUGGUUCUGCUGUCCUUCAGUCACUUCCUGGGUCUGAACCAGGACCUCCACACUGGACUUAUAUCCACCAUCAGAACCAUCUUCACCUCCAGGCUCUGUCCAACUACGGACGUGGUGACGCUGAGGAACCUGUGGUCGUUGGGUUACCAGGUGAUUGUCUCCUAUGAGCACAGCAUGGUCAGCCUCUAUAGCGACCUUUGGCCUCACAUCCCCUACUGGUGGGCCAACAAGUGUAAAGCCGAGGAUCUGAUCGAGGAGUUCGAACACAGGAAACAACAUGGCCGCCCAGGAGGGUUCUUUGUGACGGGCAUCAACCUGACAGAGGAUCUGAAGUACAUCUGUUCUCACCCCACUGAGUCUCUGAAGGACCUGGUGAUGUCUACCUACCCUGCCCUGCUCUCCUGGGUCAGGGGCCAGAGCCCCGGCUCCGACUCCCGCUCCCUCAACAUCAUAGCUGGGGACUUUGUCUCAGAGAGCCACUUCGUACCCACCGUCAUCGCACUGAAUCAACAUUUAGUCCACUGCACUGGUCCUUGUGAUGUUAGCAGAGGAAACUGACACAUCUGUUGUGUCCCAAAUGACCAUAUUACCUCUGUAGCCCAUAGGCCUCUGGUCAAAGUCAUGCGUGUAGGGAAUAGGGUGCCAUUUGGGAUGCAUUAUCUGACACAUCUGAUUUCUACAGCAUAGUUAAAACAUGGUAUUCUGUGCAGAGGAUGGGACUGUAGCAUGAUACCAUGUUUUAACUAUGCGGUAGAAGAGGAUGGGACUGUAACAUGAUACCAUGUUUUAACUAUGCGGUAGAAGAGGAUGGGACUGUAGCAUGAUACCAUGUUUUAACUAUGCGGUAGAAGAGGAUGGGACUGUAGCAUGAUACCAUGUUUUAACUAUGCAGUAGAAGAGGAUGGGACUGUAACAUGAUACCAUGUUUUAACUAUGCGGUAGAAGAGGAUGGGACUGUAACAUGAUACCAUGUUUUAACUAUGCGGUAGAAGAGGAUGGGACUGUAGCAUGAUACCAUGUUUAACUAUGCUGUAGAAGAGGAUGGGACUGUAGCAUGAUACCAUGUUUAACUAUGCUGUAGAAGAGGAUGGGACUGUAGCAUGAUACCAUGUUUAACUAUGCAGUAGAAGAGGAUGGGACUGUAACAUGAUACCAUGUUUAACUAUGCAGUAGAAGAGGAUGGGACUGUAACAUGAUACCAUGUUUAACUAUGCUGUAGAAGAGGAUGGGACUGUAACAUGAUACCAUGUUUUAACUAUGCUGUAGAAGAGGAUGGGACUGUAGCAUGAUACCAUGUUUUAACUAUGCUGUAGAAGAGGAUGGGACUGUAGCAUGAUACCAUGUUUUAACUAUGCUGUAGAAGAGGAUGGGACUGUAGCAUGAUACCAUGUUUUAACUAUGCUGUAGAAGAGGAUGGGACUGUAGCAUGAUACCAUGUUUUAACUAUGCUGUAGAAGAGGAUGGGACUGUAACAUGAUGUAAUAGAACUUUGCUUGUUAAAAAAAAAAAAAACUUGAACAAUAGAUUCUGAUAGGAUAUAUUUGCACAAUUAUAUUGCCGACAGUGAAAUGUUUGCCUGUUGAGCUCCUCUCUUCUCUUCCUGUGUUGACCUGCUCUCUUUUCCCCCCUGAUCUGCACUGAUUUAUUUAUCUGUUUACUUUGGACUUUUGUUAUCUUGUUUACUAGCCCUAACCUUCUAACCCUCUAUCUCUAACCCUCCUAACUCUAACCCUCUAUCCCUAACCCUCUAUCUCUAACCCUCCUCUAACUCUAACCCUCCUAACAUUCUAACCCUCUAUCUCUAACCCUCUAACCCUCUCUCUAACCCGCUAUCCCUAACCCUCUCUCUAACCCUCUAUCCCUAACCCUCUCUCUCUAACCCUCUCUCUAACCCUCUAUCCCUAACCCUCUCUCUAACCCUCUAUCCCUAACCCUCUCUCUAACCCUCCUCUAACUCUCCUCUAACUCUUUAACCCUCGUCUAACCCUCGUCUAACCCUCCUCUAACUCUCCUCUAACUCUUUAACUCUCCUCUAACUCUCCUCUAACCCUCCUCUAACCCUCCUCUAACUCUUUAACUUUCCUCUAACUCUUUAACUCUCCUCUAACUCU